AUGCCGAACGGGAAGAAAGAGACAACACCUGCGCGGCCGCGCAGAGAUGUGCUGGCCUCGCUGCGAAUGGCAUCAAUGGAGGAGAUCGCACGAGCUUCGCUGCCGGCUGAGAUCAUUUCGUCGAUUCUAGACUAUCUCGACCCCGUCGAUCUUAUUCGUGUCGCCCGAUCGAGCAAACUUCUACAUGAAAUGGCGUAUGACGACACCCGAUGGGUGCAGCGAUUGAAACGAAUUGGGUGUUGGGACGAGGCAGACGCUCGGAGACACAUCGAGGCAACUUAUGGGACCAUUGCCAAUCCAGAAAUUGCAGCUCAAGAGGAUAUGUCCGUGGAGACGAGCGGCGAAGUGCCUGUGAUUGCUAUCGACCAGGCCCCUUCUUCGGAUGUUAAGGAGCUCUCUGACGGAUUCGAUAAGAUCGAGCUGGUCAACACCAGCUUACCGCCUGAAUCCUCAACGGGUGUUGAAGACGACCCCGAUCUAGUCAUCAUAAAGACCGCCAAAUCAAUACGGGGUGAGGCGCGUCAGGAAUAUGGGAGAAUCCAUGGCGCUUUGGCGCCAUUCUACAAUGACAUUGCAAAGAAGGGGCCUUCAGUGGAUAACUUGGUUUUCGCCCAGUAUAAAGACCCGCAAGCACGGGCUCAAAUGCUGUCGCAACUGGUAGCCUUCUCAAAGUCCGAUAUGACAGACGGUUGGCAAGAUCGGACAGAUCGUCUUCAAAAUACCGUGGCCAUGUUUGAAACUUCGGCACUGAACGAGUUCCGAAGUGCAUACGAGUCAGACGACAUUGAUGAAACUAUGCGCAAAUUCUCUCAUGUUCUAUGGACACUUAACGGCGGCAAAGCGGCUGUCGAUCUUUUUAUACAUCACAAUCACUUGAUGACACGCAAAACUGAGCUCGGGACAGUUGCGGACUGCAUUGAUGCCUCGGGGAAAGUGAAGUUGGAGCAUACACAGGCGUUCUUUACACGACUGAGUGUUGCCUACAACGAGGAAGUGGCAAUCAUGAAUCGCGCAUUUCCACCUGAACUAGACGUGGCAUCUCCCUUUAUGGAAAAGGUUGGGCAAGAUGUGCUCUACCCAUUCCUCACAACUAUCUUCGAUGAGCUGCAUCGCACUAAUAUGGAAUCUUACCUCACGGCCGUCUCCGUCACAUUUGUACAGUGCAUGAACCUGUCUGAAUCUCUGUUGCCAAUACGCAAUUCUGGCGAUAAGUUUGAUCAGUACCUGGAUUCUGUUGUGAUCAAAAUUUAUGAGCCACACAUCGAUUUGUACUUGGCGGAAGAACUCGACUACUUCCGGAAGGGAUGCGAGGCGACAAUUGACGACUGGGAUCGCCAGCUUUCAGAGCAAGCUGCCUCGACUGAGUCAUUCCUCAUGUCCAAUGUCAAUCGUCAAGCUGACAAGCGAGACUUCCUCACCUCGUUCAAAAAGGUGAUCAUGAUGCCUGUCAAUAUUCUCCCAAGUUUCUCGGGUAGCAAGGCCAGCGGGGACUCCAAAGCUGACUCCGAGACGAAUGGAAAUAACCCAUCUGCUGCGAAGAGUCCCAAUCGGUUCUCCACUAUCGCUUCACCGGCACCUCCAACGUUAGAAGAGGCCCCUACCACGGAAUUGGCAGCCAAGGCAGCUAUCAUGAAAACAAAGAUGGAAGGAAUCAAGAGCUUGUUCAGCAUUGAAAUUGCUCUGAACCUCGUUCACUCAGCCAAGUCCAGUCUGGAGCGAGCCGCUCAGUUUGUCCGGUUGGGUGGGGAGUAUGGUCGAGCUGCCAAGCAGCAGUGCGAGGCCAUUUUCGUAGCCCUUCUUCGUCUCUUGGGCCUUCGCCAUGUCAUUGUUGGCUUUGACAAAGCCGUGGACCACCUCUCCAACUACCGUCCACGAGAGCAGGAUGAGCGCGAUUCCUCAGGAGUCGAGCCCCUUGUUACUUUCUUGGAGUUGGUGAACGUGGGUGAUCUGAUCUUGCAAAUGGUGGACGUAUUUUAUGAGCAGGAGCUGAUUGGCACGAGACUGACGGACCGAAAUGAUUUCCUCGAUCCAGCAGUCAAGGAAAAGAAGAAAUUCGAACAGAUGCUUGAUGAGCGCGUGGCAGCUGGGUUGAAUAAGGGCAUAGAUGUCCUUAUGGAAGAAGUGGAUUAUAUCCUCGCCACACGACAGGUCGCUACGGAUUUCAAUCCUGGCGUCUCAUCGGAUCCUCAUCGACAGACUAUGGAUGUGGGCAUCAGUCAAGCAGCCGCAGCAGUGGUGGAUGUGGUUUCGUCGCACACUCAGAUGUUGGUGGGCAGCACUGACAAGAGCAUGCUGGAUGUCUUCAACCAAGAGGUCGGCUUGCGCCUGUUCACUGCUCUUUGCAAACAUCUGAAGCGACAGCGGAUCAGUGUUGAGGGAUCAUUAAAACUGAUCAGUGACAUGAACCACUAUUUCAAGUUCGUGGAAACCCUCCGGAACAACGAGCUUCUCCUCUACUUUAAAGCCUUCUGUGAACUAGCCCAGAUCUACCUGAUUGACCCGUCUGACGCGAAGGAAUUGGCGACGAUCAUCGCCGACGCCGACCGGUUCCACGGAAUCUGGCGAGUCGAGGAAGUCUCUGAAUUCGCGGAGCGCCGGGUUGACUGGUACCAAGUGAAAGGUGAUGUGGAACGAGCCAUGUACGGCAUUGGGUGUAGCGUGAUGUAA